UAUGUGAAUGGACAGAAAGUUUUUUUUUUUUUUUGCCCGUUUCAAAAUUUUCCGUCAAGCCCUUCUCUUUUCAAGAAGGGAACAACGCUACAGUUGUCUCUCCCUCUCCCUCUCUGCUUCGGGUUGACUUCUAUUUGACCCGUCACUCGCAUGAAUUCCCUCCACCUCGAAAACAGUCAGAGCAGCUUCCCCUCUCUGAGUUCUCUCUAGCUCCUCUCCCCUCCGCCGCUCAAUCAAAGUCGCUUCCCGCCAUAUCAUCUGUCCGAGGAACAUGUCGGCUGUCCCCACCCUCCGGCCCGUCACCAUCUCUUUCUCCGACAUCAAGGAACGUUGACCUCUCGAUGAAGAUUGAGGAGGGAUUUGGACCCAAUGGACUCGGGAUAAUAUCAGUAUCAGAGGUUCCUGGUUACUCUUCAUUGCGUCAAAAUCUUCUUCGUCUUUCGCCUAGGUUGGCCCGUCUUCCUGAGGAGACGAAGGCUAAGCUUGAAGAUCCUGCUAGCAGGUACAACUUUGGAUGGAGUCAUGGAAAAGAGAAGUUUGAAUCAGGGAAACCCGAUAUGUUGAAGGGCUCAUUCUAUGCUAAUCCUAUCCUAGAUAUUCCAACAACUGAGGCGUCUCUAGUUAAACGGUAUCCAUCUUAUUGCGGAUCAAAUAUUUGGCCCAAAGAUGCCCUCCCUGAGCUCGAGCAUGCGUUCAAAGCUCUUGGAAAGCUGAUCUUUGAUGUUGGUUUAAUGGUGGCUUAUCACUGUGAUCAAUAUGUAAGAAAAGGGAUUGGGAAGGGAGAAAAUGGAGAACUUGAGCAGACCCUUGCUCGCUCCCGCUGUCAUAAAGGUCGCCUGCUCUAUUAUUUCCCAGCAGACAAUAGUAAAUUUACCGAAAGUAAUGGUUCUAUGUCAUCAUGGUGUGGCUGGCAUACAGACCACGGGUCUCUGACAGGUCUUACCUGUGCAAUUUUUAUGGAGGAUGGCUUUGAAGUCUCUUGCCCUGAUAAUGCUACCGGACUUUAUGUUAGAACACGGACCGAGCAAAUUGUCAAAGUUGUCUAUGGGGAAGAAGAGAUAGCUUACCAAAUUGGUGAAACUACCGAAAUACUGUCUAGAGGCUACCUUUGUGCAACACCUCACUGUGUCCGGGCACCUCAAGGAGAGUCCACUUUGGGUGUUGAACGUUCGACAUUUGCCUUGUUCAUGCAACCCGAUUGGGAUGAGAAGCUGAACUUUCCCGAGGAGGUCCACAUUCACAAAGAGCUGAUUGCAUCAAACAGUGCUCUCACUUUCGGGGAAUACUCAGAACUGCUCCUCGACAAAUACUAUCACACAAGGACAUGAUGACUCUUUCUCAGAAACAUUUCACAAAAUGUUCAGCUACGAGGAGUACGUAUCCCCGGACAGUGCAUAGCCAGGAAACUCAUUAAUAUUUGCAAUGUCGAGAACUAGCCCCAUGUCAGAAUUUCGUGGCACGGUAUAAUUGUCUGAUUAGUCGACUAUGUUUGGACAAAUUUACGAUGUCACCCCUCUGAUCAGCAUGUUUGGAAUACGAUAGGUCUGAAAGCACUCGAGCUGCACACAAUGCAUGCAUGCAUCAUUUGACUGAACAAAAAGAAUGCGACAUUGCAAUUUGCUAUUCUUUUUUCAGAUAUUCUUUGAAAGUCGGGGAAAGCGCAAGUAGAAAAGUUUGGUGUCGGCAUCAACUGAGUUUGGUUGAGCUAACAAAGUUGAUUUUCCCCAGAUCAACUCAGGUACAAAGCUUCUCUCAGGUUCGACAUAGUGUUACCUGCUGUAUUCAAACUCGGAUAUCAUAAAGCCAUGCAGCGGGUACAUAUCAAUUGAUAUAUCUCUGUAUCGAGCUUAAUCUGAAUUCUUAACGGUGAUUAUGAUCGAAUUUUAAAUUUUCUUAGUUAA